UUGCUCAAAGAGAACUAGGGUUUUGCAGCAUUAUAGCCUCAGCUUCCCCUUCUCCCAAACCCCUCACUCCUCGUCCAAAAGCAGCUGCAACAUUUCCUUCCCAACAUGGCUGUCGGUAAGAACAAGAGGAUUUCAAAGGGAAAGAAAGGAGGAAAGAAGAAGGCCGCGGAUCCGUACGCAAAGAAGGACUGGUAUGACAUAAAGGCACCAUCAGUAUUUGAUAUCAAGAACGUUGGCAAGACCCUGGUCACUAGGACUCAGGGUACUAAGAUUGCUUCGGAAGGACUGAAACACAGAGUAUUUGAAGUCAGUUUGGCUGAUCUUCAGAAGGAUGAGGAUCAAUCUUUCAGGAAGAUCCGCUUGAGGGCAGAAGAUGUGCAAGGGAAGAAUGUCCUCACAAACUUCUGGGGAAUGGAUUUCACAACAGACAAGCUGAGGUCUCUGGUAAAGAAGUGGCAGACAUUGAUUGAGGCUCAUGUGGAUGUCAAAACUACAGAUAGCUACACUCUCAGGAUGUUCUGCAUUGCUUUUACAAAGAAACGUCCAAACCAGCAGAAGCGGACAUGUUAUGCUCAGAGCAGCCAGAUCCGCCAGAUCCGUCGGAAAAUGGUUGAGAUCAUGAGAAACCAAGCAAGUUCCUGUGACCUGAAGGAGUUGGUCGCAAAAUUCAUCCCUGAGUCAAUUGGUAGAGAGAUUGAGAAAGCGACUUCAAGCAUCUUCCCACUGCAAAAUGUUUAUAUUCGCAAAGUGAAGAUCCUUAAGGCCCCAAAAUUUGAUAUUGGCAAGCUGAUGGAGGUUCAUGGUGACUAUUCAGAAGAUGUUGGCGUGAAGUUGGAUCGACCAGCUGAUGAGACUGUUGCUGAGGCAGAACCCGAGAUUCCUGGAGCUUAGACUUGUUUGAUUUGGAUUCAGUUUGAAUAUGGUGCUUGUCUUCUUAUGAAUUUGUUUUAGUUGAGGUGUCAAAGGCGCGACCUAACAAAAUAUUGGAUAUCUUUCUUUUGUUACGUUUAAUGUUAAAACAUUCACCAGAAAUUAAGAUAUCGUUUUUAUGCUAAGAAAUCUUUGAAUACUU